AUGAGGUUCGCAGCAGCCUUUGCGCUUCUUUCGUCGUGGGCCGCCUCGGUUGCGGGUAUCACUGUCACCACUUCAAGCUCCUCUUACACCAUCAAUGUAGAGAGCAGCUAUGGCUUCACCACGGUCAUCAGUCGCAGCUCCUGUGACAUUACCUCGCUGAAGUUCUACAAUACUGAAUACCAGUAUUCAAGCACCGCCAGUCACAUUGCCUCGGGCUUGGGCUCGGCCACCGUAUCCUACACCCAGAGUGGGAACAAUGUCAUCGUUAAAUGCGUGGCUAAGAAUGACCAGUUCGACCUGACCCAUUACAUGGUCUUUGUCAAUGGCGAGAAUAACAUCUGGAUGGGAACCAACAUCAACAAGGAGCCCACCGUGGGUGAGCUGCGCUUCAUCUUCCGUCUCACAGGACUCACCGAGACCUACCCGGCCUACUCGGCAUACGGCGAUGUCUCCGACACAGCCGGCGGAAGCGCUGUUGAGGGAUCUGAUGUCUACAACGUCAACGGCCAGACUCGCAGCAAGUUCUACUCUUCUGAGCGAUUCAUCGACAACAACGUCUACUGCGCUACAGAUUCGGGUUCUGUGCAUGCCUGCUGGCUCCGCCCGAACAGCAGGGCUACUGAGAAGAGCUCUGGUGGUCCAUUCUUUCGAGACAUUAACUUGAACUGGGGAGGCUCGUACCACUCGGUUACCUAUUACAUGAACUCGGGCCACGACCAGACCGAAACCUAUCGCACUGGUUUCCACGGUCCCUACGUCUUUGCCUUCACUCGCUCAGGCAUUCCGACACCCAGCGCCUAUGAUACUUCGUUCUUCGACAACCUCGGCUUGACUGGAUAUGUCGGCGCUUCCGGCCGUGGCACUGUCAAGGGAACUGCCACUGGUGUCUCCAGCAACUUCCCCAUCGUUGUCCACUGGUACAACGCCAACUACCAGGCCUGGACUUACGCUUCUAGCUCAGGGGCCUUCACCUCGCCAGCUCUUGCUGCCGGCACCUACACCAUGAAACUCUACCAGGAUGAGUUCUUGGCUGCAACUCAAUCUGUGACCGUCAAUGCUGGCUCUACAGUCACCUCCAACAUCGCCGCGAACAACGCGAUCUUGACAGCUGCUCGCACAACCGUUUUUAGGCUGGGCGACUACGACGGCCAGCCUACCGGCUUCCUUAAUGCGGACAAGCAGCUGCGUAUGCACCCUUCGGACUCUCGCAUGUCUAACUGGAAACCUGGAUCCGUUGCCAGCACGGCUACCGGCUCUUGGCCCAUGGCUAUGUUCAAGGACGUCAACAACGGACAGAAGAUCACCUUCUCGCUGUCCUCGGCCAUCAGCAAGACCGCGACUCUCCGUAUCGCUACAACGCUAUCUUUCGCUGGUGGCAGGCCCCAAGCUCAGGUCAACGGCUACACCUGCACUGCUCCGGGGGCGCCGACCACCAUCGAUAGCCGCGGAGUCACCAGGGGCGCGUACCGUGGAUGGGGUGAUGUGUAUGACUGUAGUGUUCCUAGCGGAACCCUGGUCAGCGGAACCAACACGGUAACAAUCAAUGUCAUCAGUGGCAGCAGUGGUACUACCUACCUCAGCCCCAAUGUGAUCUUUGACGCUAUAGAGCUAUUCUACUAA